GACAGUCGGGAGAACUGCCUUAAAGAAAACCUACCGCCUGCCAUAAACAUGCUGAAGCUGAGCGCAGCGGCACUUUGUCUUUGUUUGUUGACGUCCGUCCUCCGGGGGGCUUGUUCAGCGGACAGCGUCCAAAGCUCCGAUGAAGAUGCCUUCACCAUUCAGCACUCCGCCACAGGUAAAUGCAUGGGAACGGGGACCUCCAAAAACUUGACCGUCGCCCCCUGCAACUCCACCCUCAGAUCCCAGCUGUGGAAGUGGGGCUCGGGUGACCGGCUCUUCCACGUGGACACGUCUCUCUGCCUGGCGCUGAACGUCGAGUCGAAGAUGCUCUCCCUGGUCGACUGCGGCUCCAGUAGCCCUCUGUCGUGGCGCUGCCUCGGCGGGAUGGUGUACACCAUCUAUCAGAUGGAGCUGACAGUCGCCAAAGACAAAGUUGGCCUCAAACGGGACUCCAAUGACAGCUGGGUUCGAGGAGGAUCCCGGGACAACAUCUGCCGGAGGCCUUACCGUGUUGUUCACACCACCAGAGGGAACUCUGCGGGAGCUCCAUGCGAGUUCCCCUUCAAGUACAACAACAGCUGGCACCAUGGGUGCAUUCCUGACGCAGAGGACCCGCGGAUGUCCUGGUGUGCCACGUCCCCAGACUACGACCAUGAGAAUAAGUUUGGGUACUGUCUAAUACCUGAGGAGGGUUGCCAGACCCUGUUCUCCGGGCCAGCCCAGGGACCCUGCUACGAGUUUGUUUCCGGCGCCGCCGUGACCUGGCACGAAGCUUUGCACUCGUGUCGCAGUCAGGGAGCCGACCUUCUCAGCCUGUCGGAGACCGAUCUCAACUCCAGCGCCUUGUUGGACGGCCUCCGGCAGAUGCCCGAGAAGAUGUGGAUCGGCCUUCACCACUUAGACGUUUCCCAGGGGUGGCAGUGGUCAGACGGCUCCCCUCUUUACGUCUUGCGCUGGGAGGAAGAAAUGCCACUCUUCGGACUUGUUGAGUCGGACUGCGGCGUCUUGAAUUCCAGACAGAAAUACGAGUCCAAGUCUUGCAACAAGCGGCUGCCGUACGUCUGCAAGAAGAGGGUGAAAGCGUCUGACGCCACAGCCGCAGACCCUCUGGUAGACAACCAGACGGUGUGUGCAGAGGGCUGGGUGCCGUGGAACGGCUGGUGUUACAAGUUGAUAAGCGACGCCGCCGAAAAGAGGAGCUUUCCAGAUGCUCAAGAGUACUGCAACAGCACCGAGGGAGGAGCGCAUCUAGCCAGCUUCCACUCCUUCGACCACAUCGAGAUGAUCAGCACGUAUUUCCCGGCAGAGGAGAGCUUUGCUGGCACAUGGAUUGGCCUCAGGGGUUACGGGUCAAACGCCACCAUCUUCAGGUGGACCGACCAGGAGCCCGUCAACUUCACCUACUGGGACUACGACCAACCCAUCCAGCAUGCCCAGGAUGUCACCUGUGUCUUCUACUAUCAGGAGACUCAUGGCUGGCGGGUCGGAGAUUGCUCCAACAAGCUGUCUUUCAUGUGUCAGAAGAAAGGAGACUUCAACGAGUCGGGAACACAGGCUGGAUGUAACUAUAAAGAUGGUUGGAGGAGGCAUGGCAACUCCUGCUAUCUGGUACAGACCGAGCAAGUACCCUUCAAAAACCACUGCAACGUCACUAUAAGAAACAGGUUUGAGCAGGCCUUCAUCAACCGUCUGCUCGCGGAGCACAUCAGCAAAGAACCGCAGUAUUUCUGGAUAGGCCUGCAGGACAUCAAGAGCACAGGAGAGUACCAGUGGAUGAACCAGGAUGACUCCUCGGGCGCGGUCACAUAUACAAACUGGGGCUGGUUUGAACCCGAGCAGGAUGGAGGGUGCGUCGUGAUUUCGACAGAAAAACCUUUAGGCAAGUGGGAGGUGAAGAACUGUACCCUUUUUAAAGCCGGGACUAUCUGUAGAAGAGACCUCGAGCCGCCGCCUCCACCAGAACCAGAGCCAGAUCCUAAUGCGACCUGUGCUGAUGGAUGGAUGUCUGGGCUAAACAGUAAACACUGCUACAAGGUGUUUCACGAAGAGCGGCUGAGCAGGAAACGCUCCUGGGAGGAAGCCAGGAGGUUCUGUCAGGCUUUGGGCGCCAACCUGCCCAGUUUCACAAGCCUAACAGAGAUGACAGCCCUGCACAGCAUUCUGAGGAAUUCAAUCAGUGACGAUCGGUACUUCUGGGUUGGCCUGAACAGGAGGAAUCCAGCCGAUCAGUCCUGGCAGUGGAGCGACGGCCGACCUGUACCCUUGGAUAUUUUACACCACGAGUUCCAUGAGGACGACGCGUACAACAGAGACUGCACCGCUUUCAAGACAAUGAAGAGAACCUUAACACACGUGCUGCUGUUCUUUCAUGACAUACACCUCCCGCCGUUCUUCGCCACGCCGUUUCACUGUGACGCGCGGCUGGAGUGGGUCUGCCAGAUCCCCCGCGGAAUUGCACCAAAGAAUCCCGAGUGGUACAGGCCUGACGGGCACCAUGAGACCUCCGUCUUCAUGGAUGGAGCCGAGUUCUGGUUUGUAACGGAUCUCAAGCUAACUUUCGAUCAAGCAACGCUCUAUUGCAAUUUAAAUGGCAGCAAGCUGGCUGCCCCAGCAACCAUGAGCGCAGCCGCGAAGAUCCAGGAAAAGCUUUUAUCUGUGGCAGAGUCAAAGGAUCAGAAGUGGUGGAUUGAUAUGACGAACUUUGGGCAACUAUUCCCCGCUCGCUUCAGGUACAGGUUUUACCGUCCCGACAUUUUGGGCCGAUGCACUUCCAUCCGUCCAGAGAGGCCUUUUCCGGAAACCGAUCAAAGUUGCCUGCAGAAAAAUCCAUUUGUGUGUGAAAGGCACAACGUGACGUCGGUGGAGAAAAACCCAGAUAAAGGCCAUCCUGAAGCAUUACCGUGUGAAAACGGCUCCGUCACCUUCAGGGAUAAGUGCUACACUCUGAUGAACAUGAGCUCUGUAACGUUCAAACUCGCCAAUGAAGAAUGCCAGUCUGUGAGGGGAACCCUGGUCUCUAUAUCAGACCAGGUGGAACAAGACUUCAUCAACACUCUCCUGCCGAGGUUGCAACCAAUGGAGAGAAUAUGGAUCGGUCUGAGAAUCAAGCAGAGCAGCACAGAAUGGGUGGAUCAGAAGGACCCAGUUAACUACAUUAAUUUCAACCCCCUGAUUCUGGGCAUGCACAGGGCCGUGGGAGUCAAUAGAUUGGAUCCGGAGAGUUCAGCCAUUUGCGGUUUCCUGAUCAACAAUCCCGACUCGGACAUGCUGGGGAGCUGGGACUACGCUCCCUGCUCUCACACUCAGAAUCUGGGCAUUUGCCAACACUAUACAGAUCCAGUGGAGAAGCCAGUUACCCCUGAAGAGGGUGAUAGUUUUUCACCUUUCCAGGUCCAUAACUACACCUUCCAGUUGGUCCUCAAAAAUAUGACCUGGCCUGAUGCUUUAGACCAAUGCAAGAGUAGAAAAAUGUAUCCGGCCAGGGUUCCCGACGCCUUCAUACAGUCCCACCUCAGUGUGAACGUGCAUCGCGCAGGAACCCCCAUGUGGAUCGGCCUUUACAGUGAAGAUGCUGGGCUGCACUACCGGUGGACCGACCACAGUCACACCCUGUUCAGUCGAUGGUCUCCGGACAAAACCAGCGGAUCGUGCGUGUACCUGGACACAGACGGUUUCUGGAAAGCCACAGAAUGCGAGGAUAUGCUUGGAGGCGUCAUCUGCUACAAAUCGCCCGAUGAGGUCAUUGCCUCGCCGGAGCGCCCUACUACAAAGUGCCCUCACAACAUCAACGGCCCAAACUGGAUUCCCUGGGGGAACAACUGCUACACCUUCCAGCUCGGCCAAGACAGAUGGGAAGGUUUUCACAGGGGAAACGUUGAGAAAACCUGCCAAAAACUUCAUGCAAACGCUUCCAUCCUGACCAUCAGGAGCGAGCAGGAGAACAGGUUCAUCGCGGGCAAGCUCGAGCCGUAUAAAAGCCUGGUCCAGUUUGUUUGGCUGGGGAUGUUCAAAAAUCAGGAUAACCAGACCAUGUGGUACGAUGGCACCAAUGUCCAGUACUCCAACUGGGCCGGAGGCCGACCUGAUCUAAAUGGCACCUCCAUCGCUCUGCUCGCCUCUGACGGCACCUGGAUGCUAAAACCAGACAAACCACACCUAUUUGAGAAUUUCAGGCAAAAGUCCAUUGUUGUCUGCAAGCUGGAUAACGAGUCCAAAAAGGAGUACAAGCGUUCAACCAAGGACCUGAGGGUCUACAACAGCCUGUCACAUGAGGUCAUCACCAACCCGCUGACCUGGUAUCAGGCGCUGGAGGAGUGUCGUAAGCGCGGCGGACACCUGGCAAGUGUUCGUGACCCAAAGCACAAGGAUCACCUGAAGCUCAUCGCCAAGACGGACGGCUUCCCGCUCUGGAUUGGCCUGUCGGACCAGGAUGUCAGUGGCUCAGCGUUCGAGUGGUCAGACGGGAUCAAGUUUGAGAACAAUUUAGAUAUCAAAGAAUCGCUGACGGACUUCAGCUUAAAGCAGGCCAAUUGCGUUCUGCUAAACCCCGCCGGAGACUGGGUGAAAACCAGCUGUGACACCAAACAGGACGGCGCCAUCUGCUACACCACCAACACAACAACGCCGUCCCAAAGUGCCAAGCUGCAGACUGCCGACCGCUGCCCUCAGAGCGACGGGGCGUCCAAAUGGGUCCAGCAUCAGGACCACUGUUACUUAUUCGAUGGGAGCUUCUUUAACUACAGCGUCUACAGCAUGCAACAGGCCAAGACAAUCUGCCAGGAGUUGGAUGCUGACCUACUGACGAUCACGACCAAACAGGAGAACGACAUUUUGAACGAGUACCUCAUCGCUGACCCUCUCAUCACCAGUCGAGUGUGGCUCGACGUCAAAGUGGAUUCUCAAGGUAACCCUGUGUCUGGAAUCGGCUCCACUCUGUCUUACACGAACCUGAAGCUCGAGAUGCGGCCUCCGCAGAGGCAGCAGGGGCUGAACUGUGUUGUCAUGAUAGCGGGAGACGGUGGAGGCUGGAAACUGGCCAGCUGUGAGUCCACCAAGAGCCGUGUGGUCUGCAAAACUCAAGCGAAGUCGGGAGGCUCUCCUGUGGCGCUGGGAUUCUUCAUCGUGGUCCUCCUCGCUCUCCUCUUCGCCGUCGGCUUUAUCAUCUACAAGAAGAGGCGGUCUUACUUCUCCUCGGCGGUGCGCUACACGAGGACCUUCAACGAUGCAGACACCACCAGCAUAAUAACGGAUGAAUGAGCCCGUCUCAGUGCUCGGCCUCAGGGACUACUCGCGUGCCUGCGUUAUGCGGAUUCUGCUACUCAACAAGACGGGAUGCGGCCUUCCCAGAGUUUUUAUUAUUUAUUUUUUCUCGCUCUUGCCUUAAAAAAAAAAUUAUCCUUACAAUUAUGUUAAGAUCUGUAAAUAUUGUUUUGGAAAGCUGAACCCAGCCGUGUGCAGCUGAAAGCCUGAGAGUCCCGAUGUCAGAGAGGAGAUUCGCGUAGAACCAGAGCAGGUUUUAGGAGGAUGGAGUUUUUAGAUAAUUUCUCUGAGAAGUGGUGGGGGGGGGGAAAGUCCCCCGACGAGUUUUAUGGGACUUUAUGGCCCACCGACAAGCUGCAAACGUCACACAACUGCUGAUGUUUGAUGGGGUUCAUUAGGGAGUAUUUCUGAGGAUCACACCAUUAAUUUGGCUCACUGAAGUGAUACCCAGACUAUGGGAUGGAGAGAAAUGAUGAACCUCUCACGUUUACAAAGGCAGCAGACAUAUCUGAGUACCGGUCUGCAGUAUUCCUCUCAGAUCUUUUACCACGAUGACGUGUACCCCUCCCUUUCCAUUGAUGCAACCUUUUAAUCUGCGACCCAUGCGCGCACAGAGCCUAAACAGGAAAGGAAAACCAUUCCCAUCGUCAUAUUGUCUAUCAGCUGUGAAAGUUUUAGGUAUUAGCCCUGCUAUGUCAGACCCCGUUAGACCCCCCCCCUCCCCCCCAUUCGGUCCUAACAGGGGUUGAAACGCACCGACAGGUGAGCCACUUCAAACUACGACAAACCAAACUUGCGGUUCUUUCUGUGAAUAGAAACUUGCUCAAACUCAUGCGUCCCACUCACAGACCGUGGGCACCUUCAACUACAGCCCGAGUGUUUUACAGAAGAACUGCUUCACUUCCAUGUGCUGUCACACACCCAGUUAGAAUGAAGAAGCUGCAAGCUGUGGGUUUUAUUAAAAGAUGUAUUUAUAUAUGUAUAAUUGGGGCGGGGAAGGGAGUUUCCCCAUGUUGUCGUGUCCACUGGGACUAAGGUUCACUUUUCGAGGUUAAAUGCUCAGCGAUCUCAAACGGGAAGAAAAUCCAGUUUGUUCAUUUUAAUUACAGGUGAACCGUGUCUUUCAACGGCUGAACAAAAUGAACAGUUUCUGUUUUGCGUUAACAACGCAGUAGUUGUCAGCAUAUGGAUGACAUCUCUGUACUGAUUAACUAAGAGCAACGAGCACUGCCUCAGCCUAAAACGUAUCGCCACCCGUCUGCAUCCUUUCUGCAGCUCUGCCUUAUCUAUGCACAUAACUACUGAUCAAGAGUGCACUUUAAUGUGUUUGGGGAGGGGGUGGGAGGAUCCCCUUCUGUAAGCACAAGGUUUUGAGAUGAUUGACGUUUAGACUGUACUAUUUACUGUCAAUGCUUUGUAUAUGUGUCGUGUUUUUUUUUUUUGUUUUGCUUUUUUCAUUAAAGUGAACCAAAGAUGGCACGUGAAUGUUAAAAGCUGCUCUUUAUUAGCAGCUGCCUUAGUUUGACUUGUUAACCAAUAUCAAAAUGCAAGCUGUUGAUUUUACUUCUAUGGUCUGAGAAGAAACUAAUUUUUAAUCCGGUACAGUAGCCUUUCAAAUAAAAUUUCCUCUUUGAA